AUGGUUGAUUCUUCUCGUGAUUCGUGUUUCAAAGCUGGUAAGUUUAGUGCUCCAGGUUUUCGAUUUCACCCUACUGAUGAAGAGCUUGUGGUUUAUUAUCUUAAGAGGAAGAUCUGUUGUAAAAAACUUCGAGUCAAUGCCAUUGGUGUCGUUGAUGUUUACAAAGUCGAUCCUUCUGAAUUGCCUGGUAAUUUUCAACACCUUCUUAUCGAUUUUGAUUCAUGUCUAUCGAUGUUGAAGACGGGAGAUAGACAGUGGUUCUUUUUCACUCCAAGGAAUAGGAAGUAUCCUAACGCAGCUAGGUCAAGUAGAGGUACUGCAACUGGUUAUUGGAAGGCGACAGGAAAGGAUCGAGUCAUUGAGUACAAUUCAAGAUCUGUUGGACUCAAGAAGACUCUUGUUUUCUAUAGAGGUCGUGCUCCUAAUGGUGAGAGAACUGACUGGGUGAUGCAUGAGUACACUAUGGAUGAAGAAGAGCUAGGGAGAUGUAAGAACGCUAAGGAGUAUUAUGCUCUUUAUAAGCUUUAUAAGAAGAGUGGGGCUGGUCCUAAGAAUGGUGAACAGUAUGGUGCUCCGUUCCAAGAAGAAGAAUGGGUUGAUAGUGAUAGUGAAGAUGCAGAUAGUGUCGCUGUACCGGAUUAUCCCGUGGUCCGUUAUGAGAAUGGUCCUUGUGUGGAUGAUACUAAAUUUUGCAAUCCUGUCAAACUUCAGUUAGAGGAUAUUGAGAAGCUUCUCAAUGAAAUCCCAGAUGCACCCGGGGUUAACCAAAGACAGUUUGAUGAGUUUGUUGGUGUUCCACAGGGUAAUAGUGCAGAAGUGAUACAGAGCACAUUGCUGAAUAAUUCUUCUGGAGAGUAUAUUGACCCUCGGACGAAUGGAAUGUUCUUGCCAAAUGGCCAGCUAUACAACAGGGACUCGAGUUUUCAGUCCCAUUUGAAUUCAUUUGAGGCUACCUCUGGUAUGGCACCUCUUCUAGAUAAUGAGAAGGAGGAGUACAUUGAAAUGAAUGAUCUUCUGAUCCCUGAGCUCGGUGCUUCUUCAACAGAGAAAUCCACAGAGUUCUUGAACCAUGGUGAAUUUGGUGAUGUUAAUGAAUACGACCAAUUGUUCAAUGACAUAUCUGUUUUUCAGGGAACUUCUACAGAUCUGUCUUGUCUGAGUAAUUUUACUAAUAACACAUCAGGCCAAAGACAGCAAUUACUUUAUGAACAGUUCCAGUACCAGACACCUGAGAACCAGCUUAAUAACUACAUGCAUCCUAGUACCACUCUUAAUCAGUUCACUGACAAUAUGUGGUUUAAAGAUGAUCAGGCUGCUCUCUAUGUUCAACCACCACAAUCUUCUUCUGGAGCAUUCACUUCACAGUCAACAGGUACUUAAAAAGUCUUUAAACUCACCCUCAUCUCAGAGCAUUCCCUUAUGUUGUCUGCCAAGUUAUAUUUCCCACGAAGCAUUAGUUUUUGAAUUUAACCAAGACAUGUAUAUAUUAUACUCUGUUUUCUUUUUGUUGAUAUCAAACCCUCUUGUUAAGAUCUUGAAACAUAAUAACCUAGGGCCUUUUUUACUGAUACUUUGUGAAUACCAACUUACUUAGGUGUGAUGCCUGAGUCUAUGAAUCCCACUAUGAGUGUAAAUCCCCAAUACAAGGAAGGACAAAAUGGUGGUGGAACAAGGAGCCAGUUCUCAUCAGCUCUGUGGGAAUUAUUGGAAUCAAUACCAUCAACACCAGCCUCUGCCUGUGAGGGUCCUCUUAACCAGACCUUUGUGCGUAUGUCUAGCUUCAGCCGCAUCAGGUUCAAUGGAACGUCAGUGACUAGUAGAAAAGUCACUGUAGCAAAGAAGCGUAUCAGUAACAGAGGUUUUCUUCUGUUAUCAAUUAUGGGUGCUUUGUGUGCUAUCUUCUGGGUGUUCAAAGCCACCGUUGGAGUUAUGGGAAGACCUCUCUUGUCGUGACCUAGACUCUUGAAUCUUGAUUCAGCAUAAGUUAGCCUGAUCCACAUCUUUGAUUAUGUAUAGAGUUUGAAAGAGUUUAAUUCUUAACAAAAGAUUUCUUUUUUCCUGGAUUCUCUGAUGGCUUUGAAAUUUUGCUUGCACUUAUCAUAUUAAGCAGAAUUUUUGAA